GGCGGGAGGGUGGGGCUGGGAGCGGGGCGCGGGUCACGCGCUCCUGGGGAGACUCGAGCGGGGUGCGGCAGGUGCGCCGGGACGCGGGGACGCCGAGCCUGCUGUAGCUUUUGAAGACCAACCUAGGCUGACCCGGCCUAAGUAGCUCAAGCGAUCCUGCUGCUUUAGGCUCCUUAGUGCGUGAAGGCCGAGCAGCCAAGUCCGGCACGUUGAUCACCUUACCCUUCUCCUAACGCACACGGAACAGCCCCUGAGGAUUUCCAGGACCGCAGUCCACCCCCACCCUGCCCGGGAGCACAGCUCUCCAUCCGCCACCAUGAUCAGCAUCAACGACUUGCCGGAGAACAUUCUACUGGAACUGUUCACCCACGUCCCGGCCCGCCAGCUGCUGCGCAACUGCCGCCUGGUCUGCAGCCUCUGGCGGGACCUCAUCGACGUGGUGACCCUGUGGAAGCGCAAAAGCCUCCGAGAGGGCUUCCUCACCAAAGACCGGGACGAGCCCGUGGAAGACUGGAAGAUCUUCUACAUCCUGUGCAGCCUGCAGAGGAACCUCCUUCGGAACCCGUGUGCCGAAGAGAACCUGAGAUCAUGGCGGAUAGACUCCAAUGAGGGUGAUGAGUGGAAAGUGGAGAGCCUCCCUGGGGACCACGGCACGAGCUUUCCUGACACCAAGGUCAAGAAGUAUUUUGUCACCUCCUAUGGGAUGUGCCUCAAAUCCCAGAUGGUGGACCUCAAGGCCGAGGGCUACUGGGAGGAGCUCAUGGACACCUUCCGGCCCGACAUUGUGGUAAAGGACUGGUUUGCCCCCAGAGCCGACUGCGGCUGCACCUAUCACCUCCGGGUACAGCUGGUCUCUGCCGACUACAUUGUCUUGGCCUCUUUUGAGCCUCCGCCUGUGACCAUCGAACAGUGGAAUGACGCCAAGUGGCAAGAGGUCUCCCACACCUUCUCCGAUUACCCCCCUGGCGUCCGUCACAUCCUUUUCCAACACGGGGGCCAGGAUACUCAGUUCUGGAAAGGCUGGUAUGGCCCCCGUGUCACCAACAGCAGCAUCACUGUCAGCCACAGGACAGCCAAGAACCCCGCCCCUGCCAGAACUCUUCCUGAAGACUGUAGCAAUAGGAGGAAGACAGCCAGCUUUGGCUCCAAAAACCAUGAGGAUAACUCUUAGCAAGAGCUAAGCCCUUAGUGGGCAGUCAUGUCCCCAGUCCCAGGGACAAGCCCAUCAACUCAGUGGUGACUAGUCCCACGCGCAGCCCGCACAGCUCUGACAGACAUUUUGUUAUAAUAAAUGUUUUCAGUAAUCCA